AUGGAGCUGUUUCCAUGUGGAGUCCUGCUGUUGGUCUUAGCGCUUACAGGAAGUGAAGCACAGCUUGAUGUUUGCGGCGUUGCUCCGCUCAACAACAGGAUCGUAGGAGGUCAGACGGCUCCUGAAGGGGCGUGGCCCUGGCAGACCAGUCUGCACACUUAUGGAAGACACUUCUGUGGAGGCUCCCUGAUCAACGACCAGUGGGUCCUGACUGCUGCCCACUGUUUCCCGAGCACCAGCACAUUAGGAUUGACUGUUUACCUUGGACGCCACUCACAGCAAGACUUCAAUAUUAACGAGGUUUCCAGACCAGUGUCCAAAAUAAUCAAACAUCCAAACUAUAACUCAUUCACUGAUGACAACGACAUAACACUGCUGCAGUUGUCCUCAACUGUUAAUUUCACCGACUACAUCAGACCCGUGUGCCUGGCGGCGCAGGGCAGCAACUUCCCUGCUAGGACAAACGUUUGGGUCACCGGCUGGGGAGAUAUCCAGAGCGGCGCCCCCCUUCCACCCCCUCAGAAUCUGCAGGAGGUGAAGAUUCCCAUCGUGUCCAACAGUGACUGUAACAUCUCCUACAGUGGCACCAUCACAAGCAACAUGAUCUGUGCCGGCCUGACUGGAGGAGGAAAGGACUCCUGCCAGGGCGACUCUGGAGGCCCGAUGGUGAGUAAAAACAGCUCUAUUUGGGUCCAGGCUGGAGUCGUGAGCUUUGGGGAAGGCUGCGCUCAGCCCAAUUUUCCAGGAGUCUAUGCCCGAGUAUCGGAGUACCAGUCCUGGAUCAGCAGCCAAAUCCCGACCAACCAGCCGGGCUUCGUCACCUUUGUAGCCUCCUCCUCCAGUUCAGCCACAAGAGCGUCUCUCUUCAUCUCGCUCUCAGUUCCUCUGCUGCUCUCCAUCCUGCCCGCCCUCUCUUAG